CUCUUCUUUUUUUUUUACUAAAAAGUUAGUCAUAACUUUGUAGAAUGAUGACACCAAAAUAGAGGGAAUCUUUUCCUUUACAGUUAAAUGUAGUAUCCGUAUGAAUACAUAUUUUCCAACCUGUUCUUCGCAAUUGAUUGAAUGACAAAAGGAAAAGGUGUUCUGGUUUAUGAAAAUGCUCCCAAAGCCAACAGGAAGCUGGUUCUAACGAGAACUCGCAGGAUGAAGGUGAAGGAUGUGGGGCUGAGACUUUUUCCAUCUCCGGAUAACGUCAUUAAUAUUUCUACUGACACGAUUGAGUCUUCUUCUAGAAUGAAUCAGGCUUCCCCGACAUACACUCCGACGUCACCCUACAAGAAGUCCUUAAAUGAAUUGUUUGAUGAAACGGAUCCCGCUGAUAUUACUCCAGAUUUUUUUGCAGUCCCUGUCAAGACGAAUGGUGUUCGAAUCACCGAAGAGGACUCUGCCAUUUUUGAUCCCAAUGUUGCCAAAGGCUUGGCAAAUGGCUGCCUUCUACCCAAAGAUCGACAGGCUUAUGCCCAAAUCACCGAUCUGGCUGAAAUAUUUGGCAUCUGCAACAUGAACAUGUAUCGCCUCUUAUCUUCAAUUGAUCGUGCAAGUCAAAUACUGAAAUCUUCUACAGCUGAGCGGGAUUACGUGAUUCAAGCCGCCCUUGCUAACAGAGACCAGGAAAUCAAACGCUCCCGUUCCGAGAUAGCUUUUAAGGAUAUGGAGAUUAAAGAUCUCAAUGAUGACUUGAGGAAUAUCGCUAGGAAAAGCAUAAAUAUCUUUAUUUCAUUUGCAAGGCAUUAGUAUUUAUUUUAUUUUAUUAUUUUUUUGUUUGUUCCUUAAGAAUUUUUAUUGAAAUAAAAUCAUCAUUUUAUUAUUAUUA